GAUUUGCGGCUUGAUCUCGUGAUCUCGUCUGGCCCAUCUCGUCUACCUGCUGCUGCUGUAAGAAGUACACCCAUCGUGAUCUCGUGCAACCUCGAGCCACCUACCCCGCAAGCUUGUCGACAUCACUUUUGCAAGAAAACCUUUACGUGUAGUGCACGAUCCCUCUUGCUACCGGAGGCGACAACCCAGCGGACAAACCUGUCGAGCGGGGCACCCAAACCGAACGGUAUCUUGGGUGAAAAAGGGCGUGCGGGGGUGGAUCCAAAGCAAUGUCUGAACGAAAAACGGAGGGUAAGGACCACAUGGAGGAUGGUGAUGAGGACCUAGAGGACCCGGAUCUGAAGGUUAUCCUCCUGGGAGACUCUGCCGUGGGGAAGUCAAAGCUGGUGGAGCGGUAUCUAAUGGACGAAUACAACCCCCGGCAGCUGUCUACAUUCGCGCUGACGUUAUUCCGGAAGAAUGCUAAGCUGGAUGACGGCGUCGAGGUCAAAGUUGAUUUCUGGGACACCGCGGGACAGGAACGGUUUAGCAGCAUGCACCCUUCUUACUACUACCGGGCGCACGCUUGCAUCAUGGUUUUCGACGUUACUCGAAAGGCAACGUACAAGAACCUUUCGGACUGGUACGGGGAACUGCGGCAGUACUCGGAGAGCAUCCCUUGCCUGCUCAUCGCCAACAAGAUAGAUGUUGACUACCAGGUGACGAAGAAGAGCUUCAAGUUCGCCCAGCAGCACGAUCUCCCUUUUUUCUUCGUCUCCGCGGCCGACGGGACGAACGUGGUGAAGGCGUUCGACGAGGCCGUCAAGGCCGGCAUUGAGUUCAAGAAGAACGGAGGCGACUUCGUGGACGAGGCGCUGUCCCUAUUAGAGGGAAAAUAAACUGCUGUGGAGUAGAGGGUCAAGUUUAGCGAGCUUGGCGGUUCUCGACCUGUUGUUUGAGAGUUCCAUAUCGGUCCCCCUUCCAACUGUAUUUUGUAGGCAGUAAAUAAUUGGUCUUGCGUGUCAACUAAACGAGGAAAGCGCAGAAAGCAAUGGCCGAGGCAUGGCCCACACUCAAGCUGGUUGCAGGCCCAGGGUUUUCGCCGAGGACUGUAUUCGUCUAUGUGUGUAUUAGGGCGGACGCAUGAGUCGGGAACAACGCGAAGAAAGCGACGAGUUGAACUUGUUCGACUUAGCUGAUAGGUACUGUUUCUCUUUGACGCACACAGCAAUGUCAUGGUUCAAAAUAUUGUGUUUGAAAGUGUGAAAUCAAUCAUCAACGCGGAGAAUUCUUGCGCGCACCUGUUGAGAGUCUUGGAGGGGUCAACAGGAAGUCAUUCUACCGUAGAUAGGCUAACUUGAUUGCAACAGAGGCCACGUGGCUGUUAAGUGCCCCCCCUAGCAACAUGUGAUACAGAAUACGUUGCAAGCACCACUUAGGGUCCUCAACG